GUAAUAUGAUGUACAAGCUUUCCUUGUACUCUUUAUUAUGUAUUAGUAUUAACAUGUAAAAUGGGAGAUAACCCCUCCUGGCUUAUAGCAGAAUAGAGUUAUCUCCAUUUAGGAAGUUGGUUGAUUAAAGAUGGCUGAACCAUAAAUAGUGUAUUUUAUAUCUCAGUGUUACCAAUCCGUCCACAUCGUCCGUACAAUCAUGAAACAUGGUGUCAGAAUGGAUCAAAACUAAAAAGAAAUCCUCACUCCUCAUUAUAAAAUACGAAUUUCCGACAGAUGGGGCGGAAUUAAGAUACAGGAACAUUUUUUGUCAAACUCACUAAUUUCGGCGCCAUAACUGAUUUACACACACUAGCAAAACAAUGUCCUCUACACCGCAUCCUAACGUAGACUGGAGUUCAAAGAACCUUCCCGAAGCAUGGAAAAAGUUCAAGCAACACGUCCGUUUGAUGUUUAUGGGACCAUUAAAGAAAGCAACACAGGCUGAGCAGUGUGCGUACCUUUUAAUUUGGGCCGGUGAGAAAGGCAGAGAUAUCUAUAACACAUUCACAGUUACAGAACAAGAAGCAGCAAGUUUAAAUUCAGUUCUAGAUAAAUUUGACUCGUAUGUGACCCCAAAGUCAAGUUCGUUAUUCGCCCGAUAUCAAUUUCAGACAAGAAUACAACAUGAAGGGGAAACAAUAGAACAAUUUACAACAGACCUGCAGCUCUUGGUUCAAGACUGUGCCUAUGAUAAGCCCCAAGAAAUGGUCAGAGACAGAAUUGUCUGUGGAAUCCUGCACUCGAAAGUCAGGGAAAAACUUCUCGAUAUUGGAGAUACGUUGGACAUGACAAAGGCUAUAGACGUAUGUCGUUCACAUGAAAUAACACAAUCUCACCUUAAAUCAAUGUCAAGCUCCAAAGCACAGCCACAGCAAUCUCUAGAAACAGUAGACGCUAUUUCAAAGUUCCGACAUAAGCACACUGACAGAUCGCAACACAGUGAUGCUAACCGAAACCGAAGACAAGAUCCUGCCAAUGUAUGUGCCACACGAGAAAACAGACAAACCCAACAGAAACGCUUUUAUGACCGAACAGCUAAGCCGCUUCCAGACCUUCAACAUAACGACAAGGUGUACGUCCAGAAAAGCGACAACAACAAAUCUUGGACACCUGGCAUAAUUUCCAGUGUUUUGCCACACAGAUCUUACCUCGUCAGAACAUCAGAUGACCAAACGUAUCGGAGAAACAGACGACACAUAAAACAGAGAUCCUCUGAAAAUGGUCCAGAACACUCCAUACAACUCAACAACCAAAAACCAGAAGCCAAUAGCAGCAUACCAUCCAGAAAGAAAUCUAGUCGCACUAUAACCAAACCAAAGAAAUUAGACAUUUAACAUGUGCCAAAAACUGUGUUAUAAAAUGUGAUCACUAAAAUGUGAUAACAAAAUAACAAGUAGUAUUUUAGAGUAUUUCAUACAAUUUUAUUCAAGUUUCAAUUUUCAUUAUCAAAUUUAUUACAUGCAAAAGUUAAAAAUUAAGCUUUGAACUAUAUGCGUAAUCAAUGAAGUAUUUACUAAUGCUUAAAAUUAUUUUUAUUCCAAAACAAAAGGGAUGUAAUAUGAUGUACAAGCUUUCCUUGUACUCUUUAUUAUGUAUUAGUAUUAACAUGUAAAAUGGGAGAUAACCCCUCCUGGCUUAUAGCAGAAUAGAGUUAUCUCCAUUUAGGAAGUUGGUUGAUUAAAGAUGGCUG